AUGGUGCGGGGGAAGACGGAGAUGAAGCGGAUAGAGAACGAGACGAGCCGGCAGGUGACCUUCUCCAAGCGCAGGAACGGGCUGCUCAAGAAGGCCUUCGAGCUCUCCGUGCUCUGCGACGUCGAGGUCGCGCUCGCCGUCUUCUGCCCUCGUGGCAGGCUCUACGAGUUCUCCAGCGCCACCAGCUUGCAGAAAUCGAUUGACCGCUAUAAGUCUUAUAGGAAGGAUAAUAAUGUUAAUAACAAGACAGUACAGCCAGAUAUACAGCAAGUCAAAGCCGAUACUGUAAGCUUGGCAAAGAAACUUGAAGCUCUUGAAGUUUCGAAGCUAAAGAUCUUGGGUGAGAAUUUAGGAGGGUGCUCUGCUGAAGAACUGAACUGUCUGGAAGUAAAUAUUGAGAAGAGUCUCCGCAUCAUCAGAGGAAAGAAGACCCAGGUGCUCGAACAGCAGAUAGCUAACCUGAAAGAAAAGGAGAGGACGCUUCUCAAAGACAACGAAGACUUGCGUGGAAAGCAGCGCGACCUUGAGGCUUCGCUGGUGGUUCCUGCCCUGAACUGCGUCACGCCCCUGCAGCCACGUGGCCAGCUGGCACCAGAGCAGGAACCGGUACCGAGCGACGAGGACGUGGAGACGGAGCUCUACAUUGGGUUGCCCGGGGUUCGCUGCUCCAACCGGCGGUCAGGUCAAGCCAAAUAG